CUGUGCUCCAAAGAGGUACCUUCAACAACCUCUUCCCCUUUUAACUAAUCCUCCAAAAGUAAUCCCGAUUGAAGGCUUCAGAAUAUAUCAUCGAUCAGUGAAAUAUGCUCGGAUAAAGUGAUUUACUGAAGGAAUGGGGUGUGUGGUGCAACUGUUUCAUUAAAAGAAGUGAAAAAUCAGUUAAGAAGAUGAUGAAGACGUUAUCGCGCUCAAAGAGAUGAUUGUUAAUUUGACUAUGGGGUAGCAAUGUUAUUUGGAAGUCGGACACUUAGAAUCCGGGGCAUUUUAGCCCUCGGAAUAGUGAUCCUUCUAAACUCUUUAGGAUCAUCAUCUAGCUAUGGGCAUCGUCAUUAUCAUCACCAUCAUCAUCGCCAUCAUCAUCAUCAUCAUCAUGCUAGACUUGAGUCUCAUCCAAAGCCAAAUAUCCUUUCUUCACCUCAAGGCUCACAUAACCCGAGUCAUUACAUUUCUACCGGGAAGGAAAACCACAGCGAGUCAUUUUACAAGUCGAAUAAAUGGUCUGAGAGUAAAGCAAGGAGUAAAGUGAGCCCUUGGGAUGAAGACGGUCGGUCUAAAAGGUACUCCAAGUACGUGGGUUACACGACUUCGCGGUUGACAGUAAAACAACAGCCGAUGGCCUACGUUCACAUUAAACCAGCGAUUUCGACGCCCACUAGAAGGAAGUGUGUACGAUGUAUGGUUGUGUAUAAACCCUGUCCACCGCCCCCAAAGAUUGUGCUUCCUGUUAACAGGUAUCAGGAGCCAGCGAAAAAAUGGAAAGGAUUAAUGAACGGAUGUCGAUGUAAUUCACUUGGAUCUGUUUCAUCAUCAUGUGAUAUUGUCAGUGGACAAUGUGAAUGCAAGUCCAAUGUUAUUGGAAGACAGUGUCAUCAGUGUGAGAAAGGAUACUGGGGUCUGGCAACUGGUGCAGGAUGUGCUCCUUGUAACUGUAAUAGUAUAGGAUCAUUUAAUGUAUCUUGUGAUCAAGAUUCAGGACAAUGUCAUUGUCGUCCAGGUGUUGAUGGCAUACACUGUGAUGUAUGUUUACCUGGAUAUUAUGGGUUCUCUGAAAAUGGAUGUCAAGUUUGUGAUCCUUGUGAAAAAGCUGGCCACAUUUGUGAUCCUAACACUGGUCGCUGUGUAUGUCCUUACUUAACAUUGGGAGAACACUGUGACAGAUGUAGACCUGGAUCAUAUGAUUUAAUACCAGGAAUUGGAUGCAAGCCUUGUGCAUGUUCGCCAGGAUCAAUGAAAUCUCAAUGUGAUGCUAGAGGUCAAUGUCUUUGUCGUGCAGGAUUUGAUGGUCUUCGAUGUGAUCGAUGUGCUCCAGGGUAUUAUGGAUAUCCUAAAUGUAAACCGUGCAAUUGUGAUGAAGGAGGAACUCUUAGAUGUGCUGAAGGGCUUUGCCAUUGCGAUCGUAAUGGGCAGUGUCCCUGCAAGAAAAAUGUCAUCGGAAGAAAAUGCAAUCAAUGUUUAGAUCAAACCUUUGGAUUAGACAAAAACAAUCCAGACGGUUGUACUGAAUGUUUCUGCUUUAGAAGAACAACAGAAUGUCGACAAGCGAAUCUCAGUUGGGGUUCGCGUCAUCUAUCACGUUACCGAACAGUUCGCAUUGAUGAUUCUGUUAAUGAUAUCAUCGUUGCCAACUUUGGAUAUUCCUCAGUUUUACCUAUCUUAAAUGGUGGUCUUAAUACGACGAAUGAGUUAUCCAUCAUUCCUGGUACUCAAGGUGAUGUCAUACUGCCGGCUAAUCUUUAUUACAACUAUCCGCUCUAUUGGAAACUACCUGAAUCGUUUCUGGGUGAUAAAGUAGCUUCCUACGGUGGGUUCUUAAGAUUUAAGACUUCUACCACAGGUGGAAUUCCUUUAAGAUCUAGUCUUCGAUAUCCACUUAUUCAGAUUCAAGGGAAUGAUAAAAUUAUUUUGGAGCAUUAUCAGCAGAUACCUGUUGAAGAUAAUCACUUUAAAAUUAGACUACACGAGUCUUCAUGGAAAAUUCGAAACAGGCCAGAUUACAAAGUAUCCCGAGAAAUCUUAAUGGUUGCAUUACAAAACAUUCAGCACAUCUUGUUACGAGCAUCAGAGCAUUCAAACUUUGAAGAAGCAACAUUGCUCGAGGCUUCUUUGGAUGUGGCUUCACUGACGCCUACGCAUUUGCCAUCUCUCGCUAUAGGCGUGGAAAUUUGUGAGUGUCCCGCCGAGUAUAACAAUACAUCCUGUCAAGAUCCAAGUAUUGGUUAUUAUCGAUGGCAUAAUAACGUUACGACAACUUCUACUAUCAUAAUUGACCUAGUGGGUCAAGCACAACGUUGUCAAUGUAAUGGAAGAUCCGAAAUCUGCGACAUUGAAACUGGUUAUUGUUCAAACUGUCGGGAGAAUACAGCAGGUGCACACUGUGAUGUUUGCGAAGAAAGUUUUUAUGGUCAUCCUGAUUAUAAUGGAUGCAAACCUUGUCCUUGUCCUCAUGCUGACAAAAGGUUUGCCAGCGGUUGUGAUGUUCGAGCUAAUGAGGAGCCUGUUUGUCACUGUAAACCAGGAUACACUGGUUCGAGAUGUGAGAAAUGUUCGUACGGAUAUUAUGGAUAUCCUAGUAUACCUGGUGGAGUUUGUACUCCAUGUAACUGCAACCCAGCGGGAAGUGCGAGUGAUGAAUGCGACGAAGAAACAGGACAAUGUAACUGCAGGCCAGGAUCAACAGGAAGAGAUUGUUCUCAGUGUACUGCCUCUCGUCAUGUUUUCAUUGAUAACAUCUGUACAUCAUGUAACGACAACUGUACAGGCAUUUUGCUUGAUGAUUUGGCGAUAAUGUCUGACAAAUUGGCUUCAGAAACUACUCACAUAGCUAACGGAUAUAUACCACCACCUUGGGAAGAAUUAUCUUUUAUUGAUUCCAACUUGACUGCAUUUUUCAAAGAAAUCGAGGAAAUAAAUUCAUUUAAGAAUCGCGUUAGAGAUAUUCCUUGGCAAGAGUACAAGAACAUGAUGAAAGCUGUUGAAGGAUUGCUAAAAAGUACUGUAACUUUGAGCUCAAAAGCUUGGGAUUUUAAACCCAAGUGUGAAGAUUUUAAGAAUAAUGUUUUCAGUGCCCAUGUCGAGAUAAAAAAUUUACGAGAUCUUAUCGAAGCAACUACAUCACAGCUUACUCACUAUGGAGAUGUUGUGAAAGAAGUAGAGAUUAAAAAAGCUUUAAAAGAGGCCCAAACUGUUUUAAAUUAUUUAAAACACAUCAAUUUGUCACAAAAAUCUCAAGAGUGUCAAAAACUUCUUGAAGAUGCACAAGACAAUAUUGCAUGGAUAAAUGAACAGUUUAAAGCAUUGGAACCUGUAGAAAAUUUGCGCAAAAAUAUUAGUCAUUAUGAGGUAAAAGCAACGGACUUUCAAGAAAAACUUGAAAAAACAAUGGAAAAUCUCUUUAGUUAUGACAAGUUAUAUAACGACAUUCAUAAAAAUUAUAAUGAAUCCAGAAAUCAUAUUGACGAUAGUAAUAUUUAUCAUUCUGACACAACUGGAUUGAUUGACGAAGGAACAAAGUUGAAUGAAGAGUCGAAAGGAUUCAUCAUUGAUAUUCAAAAUAACUUCCAGGACUUGCCGGAGUUGAAAAACAAGCUGGAACAUUGGUCGGAGAAACUGGAUAUUAAGGAAGAAAUUUUAUACCGUUUAAAUUAUGAAUAUGAGGAAAAGUAUGUAGUUAAAGCCGCUGGACAUGCACAGAAUUUAUCUGAUUAUGUUAAUCAAUGUAUUUCAUUAUUCGAUCGAACGCGGAAUGAUGCAGCAAAUCCUCUGAAAGCAAGUCAGGCUUAUAAAAAUAUCGUUGACAACUUAACCGAAGCCAGACACGCAGCCACUAUUGCAAAAGAAGCCGGUUGGAAUGCCUAUCAUAAAGUCUUCCCAGAUGGUCCUCAGAGUCUAUCUUUACUUGACAGUGCAGCGGAAAUAUCAGAAAAGUCUGCAAACCAGCUAGAAAAAGCCCAAGAACUUGAAGAACUGUAUAAUCUUGCAAAAAAUCAAUUACACGAUCAGAAACAAGCAGUCAUUGACUUAAAAAUGGCCUUAAACAAUACAGGAUCAAAAGAUAAUCAAAUAAAUGUUAAACUUCGAGAAAUAAACAAUGAAAGUAAUAAGUUUCGAGAAACCAUGGUAGAAGCCAAGGCUGAUCAUAAAAAAUUAUUGGAAUCAAUAAUUGAGUCUGAGAAAUUAAUAAAUGACUAUAAAGAAGGAUUAGCUAAUGAUUUAAGACCACAAUUGCAUGAAUUGAAGAGAGAAGGUGAUUCUAAAAUUAGCUUAGCCAGCGAAAAAUUAACAGAAGCUCAAAGUAACAUCAAAAAAGCUGAUGCUAAAUUAAUUAGUCUUGCACACGCUUCAGCGAAACGACAAAUUGAAUUUGAUAGAUGGAAUGAUACUCUUGGAGAAAAAAUUAAGAAAUUGAAGAAUAAAAUAAUGGAAGCAAGAAAUACAGCAGACGGAAUUCGUAUUUCUUUGAAGUCAGUAGAAGGAAAGAAAUGUAUGAGGUCUUAUCGGCCGGUAAAUCUUCAACCAUCAACCACUACAUCAAUUGUUAUCACUUUUGCUAUUACUCACCAUCGGAAAGAAGGAGCUUUGUUCUUUUUAUCUAGUAGUGUAAAUGAUGAUUUUGUAGCUCUAGAAAUGGUAGAAGGAAAAAUACGAUUUCUAUGGAAUGUUGGUGGAGGAACUGGUAUUCUUACUCAUCCAGAGGUUUUAGAAAGUGGAGAUCCUCAACAAGAUAACUUCUGGUAUCGAAUUGAAGCUGAGAGGAUUCGUCAUAUGGGUAAAUUAAGUGUUCGUAAACAAGCAUCAACUAGUGGAAAAUAUUUGCCAGUAAUUAAUUCCACAAAUUCCGAAUUCGGAAGAUUUGAUGUAAGCAGUACUGAUAGAGUCUGGAUAGGAGGAAUUCCAGGAUCUCAAAGACGUCCAUCAGAAUUACUUGCAACUAAUGGUCUUCCUGGAUGUAUUCAUCAAGUACUUCUUGAUGGCAAGCCUGUUGGACUAUGGAAUUUCAUUACUUCUGCACCAGAUAAAGCUUGUAAGGCUUGUGUUGAAGGAGUAGAAGACGCUCGAGAUGAUAUCGCUUAUAGUUUCAAUGGUGAAGGAUAUGCUGUGAGGAAUAGAGUUACUUCAGGACCUUAUAAUAAGUAUACAUUCGGUGUUUCCAUCAGCUUUAGGACCUUCGAUGAAAAUGCAUUACUGUUUCUUGCUAUCAAUCAAGAUAAUAAUCAAUAUGUCAUGAUUUUCUUACGGGAAGGAAGAGUAAUUCUUCAUAUAGGCUAUGGAGGAAAUAUUUCUAUGGAGAUGUCUUCAACUUAUAAAUAUAAUAAUGGAAAUUGGACUAAAGUUGAUGCUUUUAGACAAUAUCAAUUACGGAAAAAUAUUGAAAAAUGUAGUUUGACUGUUGGUGGAGACAACGAUAAGAGAAUUGGAGCUCCAACUCCUCAGCCGAAAAAAGAAGACAUUCCUGAUUUAGGUCAAGCUAAAUAUUACAUUGGUGGUGUUCCACCCAGUUUCAGAACGACAAAAGUUUUGUUACCUUCUCAAGUAUCAUUUUUAGGAUGCAUGUCCAACAUUAAUAUUCAAGAAGGGUACGAUCCAAUGGCCGAACUAUUUUACGGAGUAGAGCCGACGUGUGGAAAUAAGCCAAUGAGACUUGUAGGCUUUUAUGGUGAUGGUUAUCUUGAAUAUCGAUCAUUUCCGUUGAAAAAAAUUCACUCACUUAUCAAUUUUUCCUUCCGGACGAUGCAGAAGGAAGCUGCAUUGCUGUUAUCAACAUUCCAAGGACAGGAAGACCGAUUAAAUAAUAUUCACAAUGGAGAUGAGGAAACUAACAAGAAUAUGUAUUAUUCUGUAGCUAUUGUUGAAGGUCAAGUUCAGAUAAGAUUGAAUUCCGGUAAAGGGGAGUUAAUUCUUCAGUCUAAUAACACUUAUAAUGAUGGCAAAUAUCAUGUGGUAACGAUAGUAAAGAAAAGAAAAGAGAUAGAGUUACGAGUUGAUGAUGCUUAUCAAGCUAGUGGAAAAUUGCCAAGUGGAGCAGCUGUAAGAGCUCCUGAUCUUGGUGGUCUUUUCUUCGGAGGUUUACCUGCAUUGAUUAAUAACACGAAGAUGAUUGGAUCCGUUGUACCACUUUAUGGAGCUAUUAAAGAUGCUAUUUUUAAUGAUGAGAUAUUAAGGUUUGAUGAAGCUAUAACUUUCGAUCAUGCAUCUAUCGGAAGAGCUGGACCAAUAAUGGGAAAAGAUCCUCCUAGUUACAUUCCAUCUGCUUCUUUGUCACGAGGAUUAUCUACUCAACCUGAAGGAUGUCAAAAAGUUCCUUAUUACUCUUUAGAACCAGGAGCUUUGAAAUUUGGUGAUAAAUCCCAUAGCCAUACCCAACUCUACCUCAACUUUAAAAAGUUCUGGGAGAAAAAGUACAUAAUAGAGUUUGAUUUUAGAACAUAUUAUCCCAAUGGCUUAUUAUUCAUAACACCUGGAGUUAAGAGGAAGCAAUAUUUAAUGGUAAUAGUUCGAGAUAGUCAUUUGGUAUUAAUUAUGAAAAGUAAACAAAGAAAGGAAGUAGCGUUCAAGAGUCCAUUCAAUGAUGGAAACUGGCAUCAUGUUGUUAUUAACCAUGAGGAAAAAAGAUUAACGCUGGUCGUUGAUUCUCAAACUCCAAGAACGAUGAAAGUACCGAAAAAAAUUGGACUUGAAACGAUGAUGUAUAUUGGAGGACUUCCUGAGAGUGGAACACCAUUCCCGGAACAAGUUGUUGGCAAGCUGGAAACUCUAAAGGGAUGUAUAAGAGGUCUUAGAGUUAAUGGAAAUAUUUAUGAUAUGGUUGGAUCUACAAGUAGACCUUUUAAUGUUGGCCAGUGUUUUCCAAGCGUCGAGAGUGGCGCUUAUUUCCAAGACGAAGCCUAUGCUGUCUACAAAAAAAAUUUUGAACUCGGUGGAGUUAUUGAACUACAGCUAGAAUUUAGAACAUCAGAAUUAUCUGGAGUUCUAUUAUCUAUAACAGCACCGGGAGGAUCACCUUCAUUAUCAGUAGAAUUAAAUAAUGGAAAGGUGAUUAUGUCCGGAGAUCUUGGAGAUAAAAAUCCUCUGUAUGUAGAACAACACUUCCCCAAUCCUUACACGAUAUGUGACAAUAGAUGGCACAGGAUACAGGCUAUUUAUAAUGAUGAAGAGCUGGCUCUUAAAGUUGAUGAACUGGAUCAGAAAUACGGUUUGCCAGCGAAUGCUAAUGAACACUUUAUGGCAUCUACUGCUUCUAGUCCUUUAUAUAUUGGAGGCUUGCCAGCUUCAGCUCCGAAGGGAACGUUAAUUACCCGUGACCAUUUCAACGGUUGUAUAAGAAAUGUUAUGAUCGGAGGUGAAAGAAGAGAUUGGACUGACAUGGCUGAAUUACACAACAUUCAUUUAAGCUCGUGUCCUGUUCAAUAAAGCGCCAUGUAAAAUAUAAUUCUAGGAGUCUUCCAAAGACUGUUUUCUAAUACCUGACCAUGGCAAGAGUACUUUGAUAUGAAACUUGAACUCUCUAUGCCAAUUAAAAGCAUUCAAAUAAAUUUUUAAUCGAAAAAAUUAGAUAAUACAGAGAGGAAGAUUAAAUAUGAAAAGAUAUUUAAGACGUAAGACUUAACGAAGCCAAAAGAUGCUAAGCAGUAAAGAAUGAAUUCAUGUAAAAUAAAACGUUAGCAAGAAUAGAAUGUAGGAGAGAUGCAAAAUCAGUGGGAACAAGAUUACAAGUCUUAUUAAUAAUGAAGUAAAUUCAUGUAGGAGCACCAUUAUUCUACGAAAGAAAUAACUUUGACACUGCCAUUUUUAGGUUUAAUUACAAUCUCUUACCGAGAGUCUCUUAUUAAACGCCAUUGUACAUCAGUAUUUAAUCCAGGAUUAUUUAUUAAUCGAUAAAAUGGAGAAAUAAUAAUAGAAAUGAUAAAUGUACUUUAUUAAAAUACAACAAAUUCAUUAGUUCCCGGAAAAAAUGUUUUUUAUACUUUUAUAUGGGAAAGAUUUUAUAUCUGAAAACAGAUUAUUCAAUCAAGUAUUUAAUUUAAAAAUCACAUUUUUGUAAGCAUUGAGAAAAAAAUUAUUACUAAAAUAAAAGUUUAUAGUCAAUGUAAUAUUUUUAUAAGAUUUCUCAUAACUAUCAUCUAGCU